CAGUGGGCCUACACUAGAAACAUGGCUGCGACCAGUCUAGUGGGUAUGUGUAGAAGAGCCUCAGCGUUCCUGAAGUCUGCUUGUUCCCUAGUAAAUACCAAGGCCCCUGCUCACUCUGGUUGCAGGUCUUCUCUUAGUUUGUCACAUAAGAACACACCACAUGCCACGUCUUUUCUCCAGUGUAAAUUACUUCACACCACGUUGUCAAGGAAAGGACUAGAAGAAUUUUUUGAUGACCCAAAGAAUUGGGGGGAAGAAAAAGUCAAAUCUGGAGCCUCAUGGACCUGCCAGCAGUUGAGGAACAAAAGUAACGAAGAUUUACAUAAGCUUUGGUAUGUCCUUCUGAAGGAAAGAAACAUGCUUCUAACUCUAGAGCAGGAGGCCAAGCGACAGAGACUGCCAAUGCCAAGUCCAGAGCGGUUAGAAAAGGUUGUUGAUUCCAUGGAUGCUUUAGAUAAAGUUGUCCAGGAGAGAGAAGAUGCUUUAAGGCUUCUUCAGACUGGUCAAGAAAAACCCAGACCUGGCGCUUGGAGAAGGGACAUCUUUGGACGAAUCAUCUGGCACAAAUUCAAGCAGUGGCCUAUACCUUGGUACCUAAAUAAGAGAUACAACAGGAAGCGGUUCUUCGCCAUGCCUUACGUGGAUCAAUUUAUCAGACUGAGACUCGAGAAACACGUCCGCGCUGAAGCAAGAAAGAGAAGUUUACAGAAAAAGAAAGAAAAAAUUCUCCAGGCAAAGUUCCCACAUCUCUCUCAAGACCAGAAAUCAAGUACUGUCUAAAAUGAGAGCCAUUCCAUUGUUCUUAAAGCCUGUGUCCUGAUGUGAAUAUGUGUUGAGCAGUUUAUAAAGAAAUGUUCUUGUCAAGUGA